GCGCAUCGUAUGGUCACACGCGCCCAUUAUUUGGCUGCGAAUUCGAAUCUCGUCUUGUAAGUAGUACGUUCAUCGCCUGCUCCCUGGACCUCUAUCCCAGGCAUGCCAGCGUAUCAUGGAUCAACGCGGGCCUUCAAGCGAGGACGACGAAGACGAAUAUGAGUAUGAAUACGAUGACAACGAAACAGAGACCUUUUACGUUGAUUUGGAUCUCUCCUCGUUGAACUCGACCAUCAAGCCCAAUGUUUCAGGAGACCCCAAACCGUUGAUCCCCUCCAAAAGGCCUCGCGAGCACUCUGAACAGCAAACGCCGGAUCCAGAUGCGCCCACCCCGCACACACCGGGGCCGGUCGAGGUCGAAGAGAAUGGGGAGCAACUAGUUGAUCAGGGCACAGGCGCAGGCACACCUUUGAUGCAUGCUAGGGAUACUAUUGAAGAAGAUGACAAUAAUGGAGGGCCGGAAUUCUCAGGAAAUGUACAAAUCCUCGAUCUUGACACGAGCAACCCUAUCAUCUCCUACCGCGAUCAUGUCUACAGCUGUAUGUGGACAGACAUGGUCGGCACAAAUAUGUUUUUCACUGCGCCGAGGCGGCGGGCGAACCAUACGGGAACAACACUACAGUCGACCGAUGACUAUGACUUGAUUGGCAUGUCGCGGAUCAAACUCGUCGGGAACCGGGCCACAAUGACCAAGAAAUCGAAGAGGACGCAGGCGGAAAAUGCCCGCGAGGAGAGCGAGACCCUUGACGGAGAGGAGCCCGACGGUCGGAGUCUAGGAGAUAUUCACCGCACAAACCCCCAGCAUAACAUGCAGAUGAAGAAACAAGCAAUGUUCCUGGAAAAACUCAUGGACGUCAAGCAACGGCGCGGAGAAACCGAUGCGGUCCGGGCAUAUGUGGACGACAAGAUUGCGUCGGCUGACUACCAGAAGCUGCCGCAGACUGUGCAGCCUGAGCUGGGCGAACUGAAUCGAAGACUGGUCAGGGGAGAUGGAGAGGCGUUGAGCAGACUUCAACAAAUAUAUUCUUCUCAAACAGCUGAAAAGCGGGAUACAGAAGGUGGACAUAUUCCCCCGGAGGAUGUUCCCCGGCAGGAGGAUGGCCGACCUGAUAAUGAGGCCCUCAAUGAUGCUCCGAACUCCACAACCUUGUCCCACAGUCCUGAAAUAUGUGGUACUCCUACUCCUUUGACGUUGGAAUCCCAGAAUGACACAAAAGGAGUGAAUCCAUAAAUCACAGAUGGUCUGCUUUUGCAGCCAUAGUUUUGUUUUCUGAUUAGGGAAGCAGAGCAGAGCCGCUGGAAUUUUACUUGUCUUCAACGAUCCUGCUUAUGGCGGUUCCAAUGGACCGGAGACGGCGGUGGAGGAGGGGGCUGAUGUUCAGGAUGGCGUCUUGCAUCCGAGUAAGAGACAUAUUUUGGACGCGGUUGGGCCUCGACUGCUUUGUACAUGUCUCUUGUGGAGGUCUCGGAAGCGAGGACGGUGGAACGGUAUGAUGAGCGUUGCAUGGUCGCGGUGAAGAGGAAUACCCGGUGUAUUCUGGGAGUUUUGAGUCAGCACCAUCCUGUCUCACACACUAGGAGCAAUGCCAGUUUGAGGGUGAACUUACAUGCUGCAGCGUGCAGUGUGCAGUGUGCAAUUGUGUGAAUGUGAAUCUGAUUUCCCCUCGUGGCGACGAAGAAGCGAGAGUGAUCGCCGACUUCCUUGCAGAUACAGUACAAGGUUCAAUGAUAUGAUGCUACCGGGAAUAGUAAGGUAAGGGUAUUAAACGUGGUGUAUAUUGUAUGUUGAAGACGAGAAGGUGAAAGUGAAAGUGAUCGGCAGGAAAACUGGGGAAUGCUGUGCAACUUAUGGACGACAGAAAAGAAGAGAAAGGAGGGAGGCCUGCCCAGGAGCAAGGAGCUGAGACUCAAGUCAAAUACCGUGUCCGAUCUUGACUCCGGGACAUGGACAAGUUCAAGUUUGUUGAGAAAAAUAAUCAAUCUACAACUCGAACUAGCGGUCAAGGCGACGUGGGACUGUUGCAUUUCAAACGUAUCCAAUCCGGCUGCCUGACCUGACCUGACCAUGAUCCGGGUACGAGUGAGUGAGUGGUGAUGCCAGUGCCCACGAUGCGAGCAGACUGCCAGUGGAAGCACUGACUCCUACGGCUACUGGGAUCAAGGUCCGUAUUAAACCUGGCAUGCAGUGGGCAUUGACAGGGGAACCGGGAUGGGGAGACAGUGUGGUCUGUCCUGUUGUUUGCGGAUGCCUCCCCUCGACUUCCCCGGGGCCCCACGACGAGACGAGACGAGACGAGACAAUUCCGUGCAGUGCCUGACCAUGGCCAAACGCCGCUUGCGUCGGACCCAUUAAUUUGUUGCUCUGGCUCUGGGUAUCUUUUUCUUGUAUCUGGCAUACCAGGUAAUCAUCGAUUCUUCGUUGCCGCACUGGCAGCCCGAUUUCCAUGGAGGUCUUUGCUGCCCUGCCAUUCUGCUGUCCCUUCGGCCCAAGGCAUGGCCAGAAUUCUGUGGAAUGCAUCACUGGGAUUCUGGACAUGAUUGAUCGCCCUCAUGAUGCCCCAAGUCUUUCUGUGGGCGAUCCGUGGCUCACGGCUCACCUCACCGCGUCUUGUCUUGACGUGCAUUAUUUUAACCGAGCAGAACAUAAGAGUCCAGAUCGUGAUGGCGCUGGUAGGGUGGAUGGUGGGCUAAGGAUCCCCAUACUGUAGUUCAAGCUCGCCAAAUCCCCCGUAAUGGGUCCUGGGUCCGUAAGACGGCUCCCCAGCGGUCCACGCCGACCCGUGGCGCCCCGGGGAGGCUCUAUUCCAAUUUGAGGAGCUUGGACGGAGCCAGUGCAAGAAGCUAGAAACAUGGCAGGAAAUACAGUAUCCAUACAACCAUACACUGGCAGUGCCAGAACAUCGGACGCCAGAAGCAUAACCGAAGCCUGAGUGCCGCCCUUCGAUCCGUAGUUUUACAGUACUAACAGAGCCAUCAGAACUAACUUGACACCCGUCGUCUUUGUUGCGGGAAUGGCGGCUGUAACCCCAGAAGAGCCUGAGGUGCCGGAGCACCCUACCCCUGGCAGCCCGAGUCCGAGUCUUUGCGGCUUCGUACGGGGGGGACCAAGGAGCGGCCGCGCAGUGCGAACCCUGGCAUCCGGUGGCGUAGUUGUGGUUGUGGUUUCUCUCAUUCCAAGGCAGGACAUAGCUUCACCCCACGCAUCCCUCAAGGCCCGGUCGGACUUACUGUAACAUGGUACAGUACCUAGGUAAGCAACGGCACGGGGAGGUGGUCGGACGGAUUGAUGCCUAACAACAUUACCCGCCCGCG